AUGUUGUUUACAGCGCAGCAGCUGAAAGUUGCAUUUAUUUCAAUUUAAUAGAGAAUUGGCUCCACCAAGAUGAUCUGCCGCCUCUGCCUGCGCAGCCUGAGCCCCGGCACCGCUGUUUUUCUCUUCGAAACGAACGAGACUCUGGCGGAGACGCGCCUGGUGAAGAUUAUCGCCAAGUUUCUCCAAAUGGAAAUCCUUCCCGAUGAUGGAAUCUCGACCAGCGUAUGCACAGAGUGCUGCGAGCACCUCGAGGACUUUCAUAGCUUUUGGCAGCUGGUGGAGCAGAAACAGAGCACUAUCAUGAAUGAGGAGUUUAUAUCCGUGGAUGUGGACUGCGGGGACCUUAAGUGGACAGGCGGCGUGGACGUGAAUCUGGACGAGCUGGCAUUGCCUGUGGGGGACGUCGAUGAGAAGCCUCUGGACAUGCACAACCUUAGUUUGCUGGGCAGCGUACUUGAUGUGAAUGUCGACAGUGUGGAAGUAACGUCUGCCAAGAAGCAGCCCCAGGAGGAGGAGAAGCCACUGGUGCAGAAAAGUGAUAAUAGCGAUUCGGAGCCCGAGCCGACAUCGUUCCCCGCCGACGAUUCAUCAUCCGAUGACGAGCCACUAGUCCGUCUAAAGGCAAAAAUGAAGCCGAAGCGCAAGGUACGGUCCAAGGUAAAGCGCACGGUUUCACUGCAGCAGGAGCUUCAAGAUCUACUAACCGAUGGCAGCAAGCGGCGCACGAAGCGGUCCUCCGAGCCCACCGAGAUGCAGGAAACGGAGCUUCAAGCGGUGCUCGAACGCAAACCCAAGGGCUGUUCCCGCGCCCAGCUGUCCAAGCGCUACGAAGAAGCUAUCGCCAGCUACAUGAGCGCCAAUUGCGAUCUGUGCGAAUUUAGCGCCCAGUACCUGUCCGACCUGAAACAGCAUUUCCAGGAGGUGCACCAGCGCGAAUAUUAUAUCAAAUGCUGUGGCAAGUCCUUCGCACGAGCGUCCACGCUAAUGGAUCACAUCCGGAAGCAUGUCAACCCCAAGCUCUAUACAUGCACCAUCUGCCAGAAAUCUCUCAACUCACAAGACUACCUUGCCACCCACAUGGAGACGGUGCACAACAAGGUGGCCCAGGUGCUGAAGUUCCCCUGCGCCAAGUGCGAUCGCACUUUCAGCAGCGAGCGCCGUCUGGCCAAUCACCUGGCCAAGCACGAUUCUGACCAGUUGGAACACACCUGCGAAAUCUGCUGCAAGAGCUUUGCGAAUGUACACCGUCUGCGACGACACAUACAAUCUAUCCACGAAGACCUGCAUCGCCACGUGUGCGACAUCUGCGGCAAGAAGUUCAAGUUCAAGCCCUCCUUCGACCGUCACCUGCUGGAGCAUCAGGGCGUGGUGGCGCCCGCCAUGGAGUGCUCUGUGUGCGGCGUAUGGCUGAAGAACGAGCAUAGCCUGCGACUGCAUCGUUUCACCCACGAUAGCACGGAUACGGUGUGUCCGCACUGCGGCAAGACCUGUUCGUCACGCACAGCGCUACGUGGUCACAUCAAGUACGCCCACAAGCUGACGACGAAUCUGCAGUGCACCUACUGCGAGAAGACGUUCAAGCAACAGCGCAACCUAGAGGAGCACAUGGCCAUACACACGGGCCUCCAGCUCUACAACUGCCCGCACUGUCCCAAGGAGUGUCGAUCCCGCUCCAAUAUGUACGUGCACAUCAAACAACGGCACGCGGACGAGUGGCUGCGCGCCAAAAUGGCCCGUUCGCACAAUCCGCAAUUCAAGCCCGGUCCGGAGGCAACUGCCGUACAAUCGUGAUUCCUGUCAACGAGCUUCAUGCUGAAUUGAAUCUUUUCCUUCUACCUUUAUGGUGUUUUCCUUUAUUUGGAUGAUGAUAACUUUGUUUUAACAAAAAAAAAAAAAUCCAUGCAAAUCCUAAAUGAAUCACUAUUGUAUCUGAGUAUCUAAAUUAAGAAUUUCCAUAUGGUUUUAAACCACGAGGUACUUUGUUUUUAUUUCUGUUUUCUCCCUAUGGUUAGACAG